GGGAGGAGCGGGAGGGGCGGUGCGGCUGUUCCUGACGCCCGGCCAAGAGCAAAGAUGCUGCCUUCCCUUCAGGAGUCCGUGGAUGGGGACGAGAAGGAGUUGGAAAGCAGCGAGGAGGGGAGCGGCUUCCCGGAGGAACGGAAACCGGAGCGCAGCAGCAGCAGCAGCAGCAACAGCUACUACUGCCUUUACGGCUACCAGGGAUGCCGGUUGCCCCAGGGAGUUGACAGUGAUGAUGGGAGUCCAAGCAGUACCUCAGCUGGAACUCCAUCUUCUGAUGAUUUCAGCCUCUCUUUGGUGGACACUAACUUGCCUGCUGAAGCAGAGAUGGAGCUACGCAGUGGUAUUGCCAAGCAUCUUGUGAAGGGACCCUUUUUCGAAGGGAUGGGCAAUGUUGUUGGUGUGGAACUGAGUGUACCAGAAGGUCGACUUGGUUGUUAUUAUUGCCUGUUCCAGCUGGAAAAAUCUUCAGAUACAGCAAGCCCAGAGUCGAGCAACAAUCUGCUAGACUAUGUGAUCUGUUUUUUGGGAGGCUCUGAGAAGGGGCUUGAGCUUUUCAGACUUGAGCUUGACAGAUAUGUUCAAGACAUGAAGAUUAACCUAGAUUCAGAGCAGAAUAACCUGGAGACCUGCAUUAAACCCUUCCUCAAGACCUGGUUUGAAGAUUUGGUGUGCCCUAUUCAGAGGGUGGUGCAGCUUUUCCAGGAGAAACUUGCCUUUCUGUUACAUGCUGCUCUGAGCUGCACCCCAGUCGAAGUGAAGGACUCUGAUGAAAGGACAAAGAAAGAUAUCAACAGAUUCCUUAGAGCGGCAAGCCUUCAAGAUCUGGUCAGGGAGACCACAAUGACUUCCUUAUGUGUAACCAUGACAGAGGAACACAAGCCAGUAGUAACAGAUUGUAGCGGACCUCAGCCUCAGUUCCACAAUGCAGGGAGUAACAAAUUUUGUGAUGACUGGAUGCGAGCAUUUUUGAGUGGCUCUGAAGGUGGGAAUCCGUUUCUGUUCCGGCAGAUCCUGGAGAACUUCAAAUUGAAGGCCAUCCAAGACAUCAACAACCUGAAGCGGUUUAUCAGGCAAGCAGAAAUGAGCCAUUAUGCUUUGUUCAAGUGCUACCUAUUUCUGAAGAACUGUGGCAGCGGAGACGUCCUCUUGAAGAUGGUGAAAGUCGAACAGGCUGAAAUGCAAGAAGCCAAGAGUGUAAUCUGUGUCCUGGAAGAAUUCAUGAGAGAGCCAGCUUCUCAUUUAAAUGUGUCCCCUGAACACAGGGGAGCUUACACAUGGCAGAAUUAAUAUGUAUCUGUGUGUACUCUAAUCACAUGAGAAGGAGAUACGAAGUUGUUUUUUUGAAAAAAAGUGUGCUGUAGAGAGUUGCAGUUGGUUGCAGCUUGUUUAAACACAUGGCACACUUUGAAAUAUUACAAUAUGUCAUGUAAAUACUUUGUUUAGCUGGAGUCAACUAGCUCACUUGGGUGUUCGCCCUCUUCUCUCAUCCUCCUCUUGCCGUGUCUGGCUUGUGAGAAGACUUUUAGUGUAUUAAAUCAUGCUCUUCCAUGAUGCCCAAACUGCAAAACUGUGGUUUUAAAGUGUUCCGUAAAAACUAUAUUCUGCUUUGCUGCCCUGGUUCCGAGGGAGUGCUCAAAUAAAUCAUGGUUUGGGCAACACAGAGAAAUGGGUUUAGCAAACCAGGAACCUGGUCCUGCAAGGAGAAGGAAGUAGGGUGGGGGUGGGUGGAAUACCUGAGCUUGUCUCUGCUUUAGCUUUCCAGUCUUUUGGCUUGGGAACAUAAUGUCUGGACUUGGCCACUGGGUGCCUAAAUUCAACUAACUAAUUUGGAAUGCCCAGAGUGACCUUUUGGUGGAGAAAUAGUUUGACAUGCGUAGUGUAAAACAGUACCUGCUGUUGUGUACAUUUGUAUUAUUUAGGUAAUAGAUCAACUCUUACUUUUUUUCAUUUUAGGAAAUAUAGUUUAUUGUGUGAAAAGUGUAUUUUUCUCCCUGGCUUUGGGAAUGUUUUUCACAACUGUAUUAGGGUGCAUUUGAUGUCAGUGACAAAAUGAGCUACCUAGUGGAUCAAACUUCAUCUUAAAUCAGAAUAAGAUUUAAGAAUAUGAAAUUUUAUGAAAUAAUUGAUAGAAGAAUUACCAUAUAUAAGCUCUGUUUUUACAUAAAGAAACCAUGCUGAGCACUUUA